AUGAUAGGAAAAAUAAAAAAACAAAAUGGGUUGGGACUGGCUUUUAUUAACAAGGUUGAGUUUUUUCGGGUGGGAAUUUUCGUUUUCCUUCCUUUUUGGGCUCUCGCGAACACAUUUGAAGGUCAUAUUUUGGGAGCGGGGGGGUUUCGGACGGCCGUCCGCCUGCGUGGCCUCCCCUUCAACUGCUCAGACAUCGACAUCUUCAAGUUUUUCGCUGGCCUUGAUAUCGUGGAUGUCUUCCUGGUGUCCCGAGAGGGCAGGUUUUCGGGUGAGGCCUUUGUGGUCUUUGCUAGCCCGAUGCAGGCUGAGCUGGCCCUCGGCCGGGACCGGCAGAACAUGGGCAGGAGGUACGUGGAGGUUUUCCGGUGCAAGAAGCAGGACUACUACAAUGCCAUAGCUGCAGAGGUUAGUGAGGGGGGUUACGGCAGUUUGGACUCGUCUCCUGGGGUUAUCAGGCGUAGUAAUCGAAGGUCGCCUGAUAAGGACGAGAUGGAGUAUACAGAGGUUUUGAAAAUGAGGGGGCUUCCUUACUCGGUAAGGAAAUUAGAGAUUGUGAGGUUCUUUGGGGAGUUUGGGGUCAAAGAGGAGAGGGUGCAGAUUGCGUGCAGGCCAGACGGGAAGGCUACUGGGGAGGCGUACGUAGAAUUCGGCUCGGCUCAGGAGGCGAGGCGGGCAAUGUGCAAGGACAGGAUGAUGAUUGGGUCGAGGUACGUGGAGCUUUUUCCCUCCACGCCUGAUGAAGCCAGAAUGGCUGCAUCAAGAUCACGACAGUAG